GCCUUCAUGGAGCCCGACCUGCUGCUGAAGCGCGUGCGGCGCGCGCGGCGGGGCGCGCGCACGAGCCGCGAGGCGCCCUACGUCAUCUACCCCGAGAUCCUCGUCAUCGUCGACUACGACGGCUACAGAUUGCACGGCGGUGACAACGUCCAAAUCAAACGCUAUUUCGUGUCUUUCUGGAACGGCGUCGACCUCAGGUAUAAGUUGCUGAAAGGGCCCAAGAUCCGCAUAAGCAUAGCUGGCAUCAUCAUAUCCAGGGGCCGCGACGCCACGCCCUACCUGGAGCGCAACCGCGUGGGGCGCGACGCCAUCGACUCGGCGGCGGCGCUCACCGACAUGGGCAAGUACCUGUUCCGCGAGCGGCGCCUGCCCGUCUACGACAUCGCCGUCGCCAUCACCAAAUUAGACAUGUGCAGGCGUCAGUUUGCUAAUGAUGUGUGCAACCGAGGCACAGCAGGAUUUGCAUACGUGGGAGGAGCAUGUGUUGUGAACAAGCGCUUAGAGAAAGUGAAUAGUGUGGCCAUUAUUGAAGAUACUGGAGGAUUUUCUGGUAUUAUUGUUGGUGCUCAUGAAGUAGGACAUCUUGGAGACACAGCAACCUGUUUAUACAAUUCACCUCAUGAGGAUGAAUCAUUGCCUCGUGUUCUCCCUGGGAAGCUGCUGACGUUGGAUGCCCAAUGCCGCAAAGAUCGUGGGACCAGCGCCUGUUUUAUGACCGUGUUUGUGCUCAACUAUUUUGCUUUGAUGCUGGCUCGGGAUACUGUGUGGCCUAUCGACCAGCUGCAGAAGGUUCUCCUUGUGGAGAUGGGCAGGUCACCUUGGGAUGGCAGAGGCUGGGGAAGUUCAAGUACUUAUGCACCUGACGUGUCUAGAAGCACCACUCCCAAUACACAAAGACCUACCAAUUAUUAUAACACCUAUUCAACUACUACUGAAAACCCAUACUACCAGUUUAAUAGACCAACACAAAAUCCAAAUGCACCAAACCAAUCACCAGGAAACAUUUUUGACAAAGAAGGUAGACAAAGAACGUCUGUUACAACAAUUAAAAAUCCCUAUUCAGUGGACAUCAGCCCACUGCGACCAAGUACAACGAAGAACCCAUAUGAUUUUAGUAACUUACAUCAAUUUAGAAAGCAAAGUAGUAACAGAAACCCUACAUCACAAAAUCCAUACCAGCAACAAUCUGUUAACACAUACAGACCAAACCCUUAUCAACCGUACAAUGCUUACCACGCAUCAAACAAUGAACCUAUUUCCAUUUACGGCAAUGCUAGUAAUGUAACUACCAAUAGCAACGUUGCCAGUAACACAACCAUAGUAACAGAAAGUGUGGCCGGCACUGAGUGUGAAGACAAAGUUACUGAUAUUGCUGGAAGUAUGACCUGUCGUGAAUUCCUCUCUCAUUAUGGAUUCCAAUAUUGUUCCUACAGAUAUAUGCAACAGAAUUGCUGCAAAUCCCAAAAGGAAGUAUGUGAAGGGAGGAAUUGGAGGAAAAGAAAAUAAAUAAAUUUGUUUUAAAGGAGGAAAGAGAUGAUUGUGUAACUGAUCUAAUGAUAAUGCUCUCCAAGCAAUACAAAAUUAACUGCAAGAUAGUGAAAUGAACGCAAGUUGAAUGUGUUAGAAUGAAGAAUCAUAUGUGUAUUAAGAUGUAGCAGCUGUUUUGUAUAUGUUGAGAUAGUGUUCUCAAUUCAUUUUAUUGCUCAAGUAAAUUUUAUUUACUGAUGCAAAAAUUCAGUGGGUAUAACUUUUUUUUAAGUAGUGUUCCCACAAACAAGGAUGUGUCAUAACCACAAAAUGGAAUGUCAUUGAAUAAAAGGACUUAACCUCUUUUCACCUACCAAUGUAGGAAAUAAGUUCUCAUAUGGAGAAUACUGUGUAUGAGUGAGAACUUAGAGCUAUGAAGAUAGUGUAUUGUAACAACUUAUCAUUUGAUAAAUUAUUGUUUGUACAUAUUUAUUGAUAGAGAUUUAUAAUAGAAUGAUCUCAAUCAAAAUGGACAAUGGAAGAUUUCUUCCAAAAGUAAAAGGUUUUACAUCGAGCUUGUAUCCAUAAGGCCCAUACAAACACUGUGCUUAUGAAUGCAAAUAUCUCUUAGUGCAAUUGGGAAGUGUUGGACACAUGUGGAAUCAUAUCAAAACAAAUCCAGAAGUUCAAGUGUCUCGUCAUGUUUUGAUUUCUGCUCUCACUGCCAAAGCCCGCAAACAGUUAGUGAUGUAAAGCAUUCCAGUGUGCCUGUGCAUACUUCUUCAUUCUCAAAUUAAUGUUUAUGUGUUAAUACUUAAAACUAUCUUUCUACUGUAAAUGCACACAAAAGCAUAAUAUUCAAGAAAAAAUGUUCUUGUGUUAUCAAAUGCACUUUCUUUUCCUUUUGCACUUAAUGUGAUGGUAAUGAACAUUUAAUUCUUAUUCUAAAUUUUUCUCAAUUAGAAAAGAAUGGUUUGUAGUUUGGGUAAAGCUUGCAAAAAAUAUUUAAAAAUUUUAUGAAAAUAAUGCCCCGACUUAGGAAAAAAUAAAUAUUCUGAAGCCCUAAAAUUGUAUGCACAAUUACACUGGCUGAUUGAAUUUAUUUUAGAAAGAAGCAUUUUCUAUUCAUGUUUUUAAAACAGACCUACGGCAGUCCCAGAAAAUAAGCAGUGAACAAGAGCAAUUUCUAGAAAUGCCACUAAAAAUUUGUGCAGGAGUAUAAGAGAGGAAAACAUGAUAACAAUUAUCAUGCAAUCAAGAAAAUACUAUUUUAUAGUAGUGAAAUGAGCUCAGAGCUUUGUAAUGUUGUGUUUCACUGCAAUGAAAAUUAAUGUAAUUAAUUUAUCACAGAAAGUGCUGUGAUAGCUUGUGAAGUGUGUGUACAAGUGAAUCCAGAGUCCUAGUUUGUAUCUAUAAGAUGAUAUGAAGUCUGAAAUAAUGCAAUUGUAUGCAAAUCUGUAACAGGAAGUUUUUAUUUUAGGAAAUGACAUGGCGAAAGGUCUUUUUAAAUUGAUAUAACUGUGAUGCUAAUUUAAAAUUAUCUUAUUUGAGAAAUAUCUAAUUUAUAAUUGACUUGCUAUUAGACGAGUUCUCCUUUAAGAAUAUUGAAGAACAAUGAGACUGCAACUGGGUUGUAUACAUUAGCACACAAUAUGUAUGCUUAUCUUGAGUAUAUAUACACAAGACAAUGGGUAAUAGUUAAAAGUCAUAACAGAAAGUACAAAAUUGUAUUAUGGCUUACAGAACAUAAAACUAUUAAUAUUUCUCUGAGAAAUUAAAAUGUUGCAAUCUUGAGGUUCUUACACAUUUUUUGUAAUAAUCAAACCAUUCACAUCGACUUAAAGCAUACAAUGCAUAAUUGAAGAGUGUGUCAGACUAAUAAAUUGUUUAUGUUGGAAGAG